CUCUCUCUUUCUCUCUCGUUCGCGCGCGCUCAUCUCCAUCAUUCUAUCGCUACUGAGAAAAAAAAAAACCCGCUGUCGCAAAACAGAUGGGAAGGCAUCCGCGGAUUUUGCGAUCGUUACUGUGCAGAGAAUAGCCGUCAAAACUUAACGGACACCAAAAAGAAGUUCAUUUCCCCUCCAGAAGAAUUCUGGACUGAGAACUUGAGGACAUUUCUCGUCUUUUCACGACUGGAAAAGGCAGGGUAGGCCAUGCCAUUCGGCUGUUUGAAACCUGGAGAGAAGAAGGACUACAGCAGUCCAACAGAGAUCACAGACAAAUAUGAUCUGGGCCAGGUUGUUAAAUCGGAGGAGUUCUGUGAGAUCUUCAGGGCAAAGGAUAAGAACACACUGAAAAUGUACACCUGCAAAAAAUUCCUGAAGAAAGAUGGAAGAAAAGUGCGGAAGGCUGCAAAAAACGAGAUUCUCAUCCUAAAGAUGGUGAAACACCCCAACAUCCUCCAGCUGGUCGAUGUCUAUGAGACCCGGAAAGAGUACUAUCUUUUCCUUGAGCUAGCCACAGGUCGGGAGGUAUUUGACUGGAUUCUGGAUCAAGGCUAUUAUUCUGAGAGGGACACUAGCAAUGUCAUCAGACAGGUGAUGGAGGCAGUUGCUUACCUGCACAGCUUGAAGAUCGUUCACAGGAACCUAAAGCUUGAGAAUCUGGUGUAUUUCAACCGACUGAAACAUUCGAAAAUAGUCAUCAGUGAUUUCCAUCUGGCAAAACUGGAGGAUGGACUCAUCAAAGAGCCCUGUGGAACCCCAGAGUAUCUGGCCCCAGAGGUUGUUGGGAGACAGAGAUAUGGCCGACCUGUGGACUGCUGGGCCCUUGGUGUGAUCAUGUACAUAUUGCUCUCUGGAAAUCCUCCAUUCUAUGAUGAAGCAGAUGAUGAUGACUAUGAAAACCAUGACAAGAACCUCUUCCGGAAGAUUCUAGCUGGAGACUAUGAGUUUGACUCGCCAUACUGGGAUGAAAUUUCAGACUCUGCUAAAAACUUAGUGUCACGUCUUAUGGAGGUGGACCAGGAUCAGAGACUGACUGCACAAGAAGCCAUCAACCAUGAAUGGAUAUCUGGAAAUGCUGCUUCAGACAAGAACAUCAAGGAAAAUGUGUGCGCACAAAUCGAGAAGAACUUUGCCAAAGCUAAGUGGAAGAAAGCUGUACGGGUCACAACCAUGAUGAAGCGUCUCAGGGCACCAGAGCAUCAGACAGCAGCAGCAGCAGCAGCCGUACCAGGUGCACCUAACCCUGCAGAGGGGGCUCAGGAAAACCCUCAAGCUCCAUCGGAGGCCGACACAAGUACCGCUGAAAGCAACUCGAUGAGCAUAGAAGCCCCUGCUGUGGAAGCUCCCAGUGCUGAAGCAAUGGCUGCCACCGUCCAGCCACCAGCUGAGCCUGUUCUCCAUGCCCCAGCUCCCGAACAGCCUGAUCCAACAUCACGAUGCAACGGAGAGGCUUUAGCCCCCCUGCCAUCGGACACAGGGGAGGAACAGAGCGGUUAAUCUCACUACCUCUCUCCCACCUGCGUUUAGAUCCCGUUCACUUGUAUAUAAGCAGCAAGCAUGCUAAUACUGAUCCCACAGCUCAUAGCAUUAACCUCAACAUGCUCUAUCAUGAGCCGACUUCUAAAACCUUUCCCAUCAAGCAUCUGUUUUCUAUUGAAUCACAAGCUGUGUGACAUGUAUCGAAGGCUCUGGCUACUUUAACUUUGCAUAAAAGAAGAAAAAAGCUGUUUUCUGCUUACAUUAAGCCGAGAUCGAAAACUUCAGCACUGAUCUGCAUACUUGUUUUAGGUUAGAUUAUCAAAGCAGGCCUCAUUUUAUAAAGUAACUUUUUAAAUUUUUUUGCAUUGUGGUUAGUAAACGUCUUUCUUGAGCAGGUAGUCAGGGGAGCACAGAUACACAGUUUCAUGUGCAAUGUAAAGUUUCUGUAAAUAGCUUCCUAACCUCUGUAGAUUAGACGUAGCCAAGAACAGCAUGCUUUUUCAAAUCUGCCGUUUAUGACAUUUCAGCUUCAGCUUUAUGUGGACAUUUCAUGUCUUGAUCAAACAUACACUCAUGAAAUUUUGCCAUCAGUUUAUAUGAAAAAUACUUCAGCAGCAACUAAGGCGGCUAAAUUCAUCUUGUUAUGGCAUUUGAAUGGUUGAGACAUGUGGCCCAAUAAAUGGAGCAGAGUAGGUAAACUUAAGAAAAACCUCAAAUCUGCUUGGUAGCUAGCCACAUGAACAGUGGAAAAACUAAUUUGUUCUCAUAAUGUAUUAUAUACUCAUUCCCAUACACUGUACAUGUUUUGAAAAAUAUCAGUUUUAAAAGUACAAAGCCAUGCACAGUGAAAUUAGUUUUCAAUAGGAUUUCAUCUGAAGCAUAGAUGUACAUAAGUUACAGUGGUUAUACUUUGAGACUCUUUCAUUGGGUUGAAUAUUUAUUCAGUCAUUAUAUAUAUAUAUAUUUUUUUUUCUUGAUAUCUCCCUCUAUUAAUCUAUAAUGCAGUUUGAAUAUAUUCUGAGACAUUUAUUAGACUUAAACAUCAAAUUUUACAAAUAUAAAUUAUAGAUUUUCUUUUUAGAUUAAUCCAGAUUUUUUAAAUUGGAAAUAUGAAACAAGUAUCAGAUAUUUACUUAAUGCUGUUAAGUCAUUUUUAUUUAAAACUCUUAUACAAAACAGAUUAUGUCAAAUUAUUAUAUAAUUUAUCCACCCCCCACCCCAUACACAUUUUCAAAAUACAGGCGCAAACAUUCAGAUUACAAUAACAAAGUUCUCAUUUAGUAACCCAUAAGUACUACAGGAAAUAAUUCGUAUUUUUGCACUUUCGGUUUCAUCAUUGUGAAGUCAGUGACUUCUUGAAUGGACCUUGGUUAAAUGCCAGAAAUAAGAUCUAAUAUUUUAAGAUUUGAAAAUAUCAUCGAGCCAAACAUUUACUAAUCUGCUUUUACAACUUUUGUGUUUAUACUCACAUUCUUGCAAGCUAUUCUAACUCAAAAAUUUCACAUUUAAAAAAUGUAGACUUCUAGACUGAAAAAAAAAAGUGUGACCUCUGUGUCAUUUGUUUAUAGCCUAACUUUAUACUUCAGGAGUGUAUUCCAGAAAGCACGGUUAACUUACCAUCAGCUAAACCCUCCAUUGGUUGAGAAACACCAAACCAUGCGUACUCAAGGUAUGUGGUUCCAAAAAUGCAUCCAGGAGCAAGUUCACUAAACUCAGAGUAUGUUUCUGAUUAAGACUCAAGACAUUAUUAACAGAGUGACGAAUCAACAAGUCACUAUGGAAAUGGACACUAAGAAAAAGUGUGCCGUGCUGUUUCUUUCUUCUUCUUUUGUUCAGUGGUCGUUUAUAUCUGAUUUUGGAACCAGAAGCUGAGGUUAUCCGCUCGUGUAUCCUCAAACAUACCCGGGUAUGUCACAUAACCUGCUUUUUGUAAUACCCCCAGGUGAAUGUAUUUAGGUUUCAAAAUUAACAAAACAUUUGUUCAUUUGUGAUUAUCUUAAUUAAAAUGUGUAAGAAUCAUAAACGUAUUAGUCACAGAGCUUAUUUUCUACAGUAAAUUAACUAAAUUCUAUAGACUGUUUGUCAAGGGAACCAGGGUGAUGAUAACUUAUUGAUUAUCCCUGCAGCACUCUAUAUAAGGUAGAUUCUGCCUUUCACACUAAUAAUCCUUUUUGAGUCUAGCAGUAUUAGCCAAACCCUAGCUCUAAUGAUUUAACAUUUUAAGAGAUAGUUUUUUUGCCUUUUACUUAUUUUAUAGAAAUGUUUGCUGUCAGCAACAGACACCCCAUCUUUAACAGUUUUAUACAGAUCUUUCUCAUUAAACAUUCACGCUUCACUAGUGAUUGGUGUUCACUGUCACUCAGGAUGGCAAUACUGAUUAAUUUCUUAGUUGUUGCGUUCUAUAGUAAAUGUAAAACUCAUUUUGUGCCAUCAUGAUUUGCACAUGAACAGGUUGAUGUAAACAUUACACAAACAUAUUUCUAUUUUAGCACAGACAAAUGGCAGGUGAUGUAGGAUUACAAGAGCUUGACGAAAGCAAAAAGAAACGGUCGACCUCUUAAUAUGAGCAAUAGUCUACAACUGCGAUACUGUGAUGCUACUCUCAAUGUCAGUGUCUUUGUGAACACUCGAUUUCUGAUGGGCGUGUCCUCUGUUGAAGUUGACAGUAGUGAUGUCAUACAGGAAGGGGGAGAAGCUUCUGACUUAAACAGGUCAGAUGAAGUCAGUGCACCUAUUGUACCACUAUUUCGAGCCUAUCUUACAGGUGAACAAAAACAGUGACGAAAGUUUCCCCUCCAGUGGCCAAUGAUUUGUAAUUGUGCAGUGGCGACAUGCUGUAAUUUUCCAAACAUCACAGGAAUCAGUGGAGGAUUGACUGAAGAAGGCCUUGAUAUGCAAUUAUGCUGUCAGUGGUCUAUUGAUUUGUGGUCUAUUGUGUGUGCUGUCACAGGUUUAUACUGAAGUGAGCUAUGAUAUACACUAGAUCUCACACGUGUCAUUGUCAUAUCUUUAACUUCUCUUUGCUCUUAUAAAAUAUUUCCUUUCUAAAAAUCCGUCCCGUACCUUUAUUUGUUCUAUUUACCUUGAAACUUUGAGAUGUUUUUUAUUUUUGUCUUUGAUUUAAUUUAGAAAUACUUACAGAAAUACGUACUGGUAAAACCUAAAAUACAGUACAGAGUGGUAAGUUUCAUGUAAGUCUGAAAAAAGAAAAUAAAUAAACACUUUUAUAGCAUUCAUGUAUACCGAAACCGCAACUAGAUACUGUGUUAUACAAAUUAAAAGCAAUUUUUUUUAAAUAGUGCUUCACUAUUGCCUUUGGUGUUCGAUGUCUGUUGAUUUCUUCAUCCUCUCUGUUCUUCUCAGUGUGGUUGACUGUGAACCUGUGAAUACACUGAGGACUGGUCUCUCUCCACUUUAACCCCUGUAUUCUUCAACUGACUUUAAAGCUUUCAAAAUAAACAUCCUGAAUCAUCA